AACACACCACUGUAUUUGCCCUUGGAGACCCCGCUUGCUGAACGUGUCUUUCAGUGACUGGCAACAAAUACUUGAGAGGCACGAUGAGCAAAUAGGCACGCCAAUUGUGUUUUGUUUCCUGAGUGACAGAGAACGCAUACGCAUGUGGAUAUGAUGUGCUGGGUCGCAAGCUUUGAUUGAGGCGGAAGAUUUUGCUCUGUGAGCAGUAUUCAUUAUGAAAGUGUUUCAAACGUCUAUCCUCGCUUUAUUUGGAUUCAAUUUGUCGUAUGUCUUAACUCUAUUAACGUACAACACGGACAGCUGCACUUAUGCGACUUUCUACAGAAGGUUGGAGAUGGAUGAUCUGAUGUUUGCCGGGAAUCUGAUAGAAGAGAUCAACCUGGUGGACAUGAGGGCUGAGUGCUUCUCUCAGUGUCAGUGGCGGGUAACGUGUAACAUGGUCUUGUACAACCCCCUUAUUAGAAAGUGUAAAUUGUACACUGAAGCCUUUGAUUCGAGCAGUGAUGACUCUGUUGAAACCGGUUGGGAGUACUAUGGAAUUUCAUGUGCCGACUUUACACUUGAAAAUGCACGUGCAGAUUUUAACGUCAUCAACACUGACCCCAAAGAUGUCUGCAACACCAACAUCAUUGCCUCUGAUGACAACACGUCAUCCUGUUAUACAGGUGCAUCAUGGGAAGUGGUGCCAGUCAAGUGUGUGUCAUGCUAUAUAGGCAUGGCAAGGCAAUCCAUGAUUCCAUCCAUGGAAUAUUCAGAAGAUUUGAACUUUGACCUUGCUUUAGGGAUGAAGCUGAGACUGGCAGUGUCUGGAGACACGACUGAGUACAAUGAGGUCUACUUUGAAGCCCCUAACUCGGACCUUGUGUACCUGUUGUCUUUGAGAUGGAGCAACAGCCAAACUCGAGCCGUCUUCAAUUCACGGCAGGGAGGAGCCUUUGGUACAGAAGAAGUGAAGCUUGAUGUUUCAAUCAAUGACAUCAAUAACUACGUCAUUGAAAUCCACAUCAGUGAGUCUGAUUUUAUGGCGUAUGCUGACGGGACUCUGCUGAUGACCAACCAGAUGCGUCUCCCUAUCACUGGUGUCCGACGUGUCACUGUUGAAGGUCUCACGGCACUGCACAGUUUCCACAUUGGCUAUGCUCUGUGCUGAUUUCCACUUAUGACAUUCACAAUUACCCUGCAUCAAGAUAUGACUCUGUGUAGACAUCAUUUCUGUAUAUGUGGCCUUCAAACAUGACCACCCCGAUUAUGUUUCUAGGUUUGUCGGCACCAUACCCGUGCUCGUGGGUUUCACUGAAGUGGUAAACGUCUGAGACCUGCAUCACUUCGGGCUUUCCUCCCACGCUGACACGCCUUGAUGUGACUGGAAUAAUGUUAAAAGCGGCGUUAACCCCAACUCGCUCUCACUCAAAAAUGACCAAACAAUCAUAUUCGUAAGAAAUCUCUGCCAAAAGCAGUGCCAAACGUACGAUUCCAACUAAAUAGAGAUAAUGCCAGAUGCUUGCGGAAUGGU